AUGUUUCCAUUAAGAAUAUCACGUAAUGAAAUAAGGUCAAAGUUAUGUCAUCAAAGACGAUCAAUAACUAUCAACAGUGAUCUACGAAAUAAACUAAAUGAAUCAAAAUUACAUCCUGUGGUUAUAAUUGGAGGUGGACAUGCAGGUUGCGAAGCUGCUACAGGUUCUGCGAGAUCUGGAACCGCUACGACGUUGAUAACACCCGAAAUAAGUAAAAUAGGUACAGCAUCUUGUAAUCCAUCUAUGGGUGGUGUAGGAAAGGGAACUUUAUUAAGAGAAGUUGACGCAUUAGAUGGUGUAAGUUCAAGAAUUACAGAUAAAGCAGGAAUACAUUUCAGGAUACUUAAUGCAUCAAAAGGUCCUGCAGUGCAUGGUCCAAGAGCUCAAAUUGAUAGGAAAAUAUAUCUUAAAGAGAUGCAAAAUGAAAUAUGUAAUUAUAAAAAUUUAUCAAUCAUAGAGGCACAAGUCAAAGAUAUCAUAAUUGAGCCAACUCAUUCUGAGGAUCAUAAUGGAAGAAAAUACGGUAAAGUUAAAGGCUUAGUUCUUGAAGAUGGAAGAAUACUACGAUGUGAAAAAAUAGUUGUCACUACUGGUACAUUUUUAGGUGGAGAAAUACAUAUUGGGUUAAAAGCAUUUCCAUCAGGUAGAAUGGGUGAGAAAGCUACUUUUGGCUUAUCGGAGACAUUUAAAGAAGCUGGUUUCAGACUAGGACGAUUAAAAACAGGAACUCCAGCUAGAUUAUCAGCUAAAACAAUUGAUUUCUCAAAUAUGAUCGAACAACCAUCGGAUUUCCCACCACAACCAAUGUCUUAUGUGAAUGACAAAGUAGACUUAGAAGAUCAAUUAGUGAAAUGUUAUCAAACACAAACUACUCCUGAAUUUCAUUCAAUGAUUGCAGCAAAUUUGGAUAAAUCUAUACAUAUACGAGAGACAGUUAAAGGUCCAAGAUAUUGUCCAAGUAUAGAAUCAAAAGUGAUAAAAUUUCCACAAAAGCAAUUUCAUACAGUUUGGUUGGAACCUGAAGGUCUUGAUACUGAUUUGAUUUAUCCAAAUGGAAUUUCAUGUACUAUGCCCGAAGAAAUACAAGAAAAAUUAGUCAAAUUAAUGCCAGGUUGUGAGAAUGUAAAAAUGGUUCAACCAGGUUAUGGAGUUGAAUAUGAUUAUGUUGAUCCAAGAGAAUUGAAAAAUACUUUGGAGACAAAACUCGUCGAUGGGUUAUAUUUAGCAGGUCAAAUUAAUGGAACCACUGGUUAUGAAGAAGCUGCAUCUCAGGGUUGUAUAGCAGGUAUUAACGCUGGUCUUUCAUAUUUGAAGAAACCAUUGUUGGAAUUAAGAAGAUCCGAUGGUUAUAUUGGUGUUUUGAUCGAUGAUCUCAUCACCAAGGGAGUGGAAGAACCAUAUAGAAUGUUUACAUCAAGGUCUGAAUUUAGGGUGUCUAUUAGAUCAGAUAACGCGGAUAUUAGACUUACUAAAUUGGGUUAUGAUUUGGGAGUAGUUGGUGAAAAGAGAUAUAAACACUUUGAAAAUGAGUAUAAUCAAUUUAUAAACAUCAAGAAUCAUUUGAAAAGUUUGAAGUUGUCUGGGAAAACAUGGUCCCCUGUUUUAUCAGGAGCUACUACUGAUUUGAAAUCAUCAACUCAUGUUGACGGUUGGAAACUUUUAUCGUACAAAGGAGUUUCAAUAAAUAAUUUGUUACCACAUAUUGACAAAUUUGUUGACGGAGUCCCUGAGUUUUAUCAAAAUUUAACAAGAAGAUUGAAAAAUCGUAUAGACGUUGAAAGUGAUUAUGAGCCAUUCAUGUUUAAAGAGAAAAGUCAUUUAAAUGCAUAUGAAGCAGACGAAAAUUUAUUACUACCUACAAAUUUCAAUUAUACUAAUGAAGGUAAUUUGAAGAUCUCAUAUGAAGCUUGUUCAAUUUUAAAUACUAUUCAACCUCAAACAAUAGGUCAAGCUCGUAGAAUACAAGGUAUAACUCCGACAACUAUCUUUGAGCUUUUAAAAUUGAUUAAAACCCAUAGACACUUGACAUCAGCCAACAUACAAUCAGGUUAG